UGCUUGUUGCAUUACGGAGCACGAGUUCUAAAUCAACCGGACAGAACAAUACGGAGGAGGCCCGUGCCCCGGAGCGUUUACAAAACACAUGCAAGUGAGAAUGCAAACAGGAAAAAGGACACACACCCACACCCGCUCCGUUUUGGAUGGAGAACCCCACCUACUUCCCCUUUCCCCAGGCCCUAGGGAACCGCACCGCCCAGAAGGCUGGGUGCAAGUGUUGUUCUCUCCACCAUAUCUGCUUAGGAGGACACUGGAGAGAAGUGAGCGUGAAAGUGAAAGGCGGGAAACUGACGUCUGAGCCGAGCAAAAACGAUUUCCGCCCGCCUUCCUCGUUCAGGAGAAAAGAGCAGCUUUGCCGCCAGAUCUGCUUAAGAGAAGGAGGCGGCAUGUUCGCUUCCAUCUGUCGGGUUCGGUGUUCUGCAAGGAGCAAACUAUCACCCAGUCAAUUGGCCAAGCUUUAGGAGAUCGAGCGGCCGGAACCCAAGGCACAGGCGCAUUCCUUCCAGCCCGGAGACCAAGUCCUGGUCCUGAAGUGGAAGAAAGAACCCCUACAAGCCAGCUGGGAAGGCCCGCAUAUGGUUCUGUUGACCACCAGAACGGCUGUUCGUGGGCCCACCAUACCAGAGUGAAAUACGCACCAUCAGCUCUUCUGGAGGAUCUGCCACCAGACCCCACUUGGACAGUGCUCCCAUCCCCCACCUCCGAACAGCCCUUGCAUAUCAAGUUCCAAAGACAAUCCACGAAUUAACCAUGGCCAGAUGGACUUUGCUGUGGGCGGCCAUUUUGAGUCUGUUCCUGACCAUCCAGGGGCAGUCAAAACCACACCCCCAGGUUCGAGGCCUCCAGGCUAUGGUGGACGCUACUAAGAUUAAGGACUGCUGGAUAUGCACACACGCUGACAUAUAUUCAGAAGAGCAGAUCGCUUUAGUGAGCGGUCCAGUACCCCUCACAUGGUGGGUAAGAUCCCCAAGGUUGGGAUGGGGCCCCACCUGGGUGAGCAAUACCGACCUCGCUUGGAGACCCACACGGAGGGAAGGCAAGUAUCAGGUCAGGACUUUUAGUCGCAAAUGGGAAAGGAAUUGGUACUCCCUGGGAAUCCCUGAAUUCCAUGUAGAAAGUCUGAUGCAGCACCCUAUCUGCAUUCAAAACGAAAAUGGCACAGGCCAAUUCUUGGGAGUAGUGCCACAUGAAUAUUGUGCCCACACAUGGAUUUUUGACUCUCUAGAUGGGGAGUUUGUCCCAGCAGAAGAUGAUUACGGGCCUCCUAAGGAGGAAUGUGAGGAAGGACAGUUGAAUGUGGGAGAGUAUUUUCCCUUGCAGGGUGGGCAGCAUGGGGUCACCUCGAUUACAUUGUUCAAUUUUACAGAGGGGGGCUGGGGAAACGAUUCCCAGGGAAUAUGGAAUCAAACCCUAUAUUUGCAUGACCGCAUGGGUAUCCUAGUCAAUAAGACAGCAGACAAGAAUGAAACAUGUGACAAUGGAACCUAUACUUGGGAUACCCCCUUCUGGCGCCUGUGGCACAGCAUCGCUUGUGCUUUUCAUAGAGACCAAAAUUUGACUCACAGAUGGUAUGGUGGGGCGGCAGGUGACUCUGGGACCUUUAGCUUGGAUGACCAUUGUAAACUAUCUCUUAACCGAGGGGAAAAGAAGGUGGGGAAGCAAAGGUACGGGUACGGGAACUUUUUGACCCUGAUCCUGAACGAACCAGGAAUGUAUUGGGUCUGUGGCAGAGCAGUAUAUAAGGCGUUGCCUCCCGGAUGGAGAGGCCGCUGCGCCCCUUCCUAUUUGGCCCCCCGGAUAGAGGUACACCCACACUUAAACACCUCAAGAGUUCUGAACUUGGGGAGUUCCUUGCAUCGAGGAAAAAGGGACAUCAACCCAGUGGUGGAGCGAAACGCUGGCUUCCACAAGGCCUGGCGAGAAAUCCUACCAGGAUUAGGGGCAAUGGAGCUUGAGAGAGCGAUAAUGAAUAUUUCCAGGGAGAUUGAAAAAUCGUUCAAUGAUACUUUGAGUAUGUUGAUGGACCUACAGUUGGAAGUUCCAUCCUUCUCACAGGUGGUGCUCCAGAAUCGAAGGGCGCUUGACAUCCUCGCCGCCCAACAAGGAGGAGCGUGUGCCCUAAUUGGGGGAAAGUGUUGUUAUUACAUAGAUAAGAACCAUCAAAUAACCCAGAAGGCCCAGGAGCUCAAAAAUUCCAUAAAGGUGUUUCAUGAUAUAGGGAAACAAGAGGUUUGGGACCUCUGGGGUUGGCUCACAGAUUGGUUACCCAAUCUAGGCUGGCUACGGUCUUUAGUGAUGGGAGUCUUAGUACUAGGCAUAGUGAUCUUCUUUGGCUGCUGCUUUGCUAAUUGUGCACCUGCCGCUUAUCGCUUGAUGAAAAGUUGUAUCCCUGAAAACCCCAACACGAGAUGUAGUGGCCUUGAUGUCCUUUGAGGGAGACCAUGUGAUUUAUCAGGAUGAUGAUGAAAGAUCAGAUAUCAUCGGCUACAGAGAUCCGGAAUAUAAGGGCCCAAUUACUUGCAUAGACUCAGAGCACGAAGGGCCAAUUAGCCCAAUUGGCCAGAGUGAUUCAGGGUACAUAGAGCCAAUAUGAUGAAUCAUAUUUUGACCAACAGAAGGGGGGACUGGUGUAAAGGAGACACAUUUCAGGGAAUAUGCUCAUAAGAAUGCUCAUGUAAGAUUUGUUGCUUGGCAUAAGCAACGCCAUAUUGCUGAGCUGUGUUAAAGAACCUUUACCUCUUUUCCUUGUUUUUUGCUUAGUAGCAGAAACCACAAGUGCUGAUGGAGCAAGGCAUGACUAGUUUAAACCAGCCAACAGCUUUGCGCGGGUAUUUUGUAACUCGUUCUUGAGACAACAUUUGGCUUACCACGAGUUUAUGACAUAUAACUGCCUUUCUUCUGUAGCUAACUUCAGAGGAAUAGCAUGGAAGUGUAUAACUAUGUUACUUUGCUGUUUUGUACUUGUCCUGCUCUGAGCAUGAGCCGAGCAGCCCCUUUGCUACUUUAGGGCAAAUAAAUUCUGAUCUUAA